GUCUUAACGAUUCUGAUAUUAAUGAAACAUCUUUGUAAAGGGUUGAAGUGUCUUCCUGAAUUGUCAAUAUAUUAAUGAAGCAUGCAGUCCUGUGUUGAACAAGACAAGCUGGGACAAGACUUUGAGGAUGCUUUUGAGGUGUUGAGGCAACAUUCAACCGGAGAUCUUCAGUACUCCCCAGAUUACAAAAAUUACCUGGCUUUCAUCAACCACUGCUCUCAUGUCAGAGGACAUUCCAACUGCUAUGGUGUGCUGCCUACAGAGGAACCUGUCUAUAAUUGGAGAACAGUGAUAAACAGUGCUGCGGACCUCUAUUUUGAAGGAAAUACUCAUCAAUCUCUGCCAAAUAUCCCUGAAAACCAACUGGUACAACCUGCUGUUCUCCAUCAAAAGGGAGGAAAAGGCAGGAAGAAGCUCCGACUGUUCGAAUACCUUCAUGAAUCCCUGUGUAAUCCUGAGAUGGCAUCUUGUAUUCAGUGGGUAGAUAAAACCAAAGGCAUCUUUCAGUUUGUGUCAAAAAACAAAGAAAAACUUGCCCAACUUUGGGGGAAAAGAAAAGGCAACCGGAAGACCAUGACUUACCAGAAAAUGGCCAGAGCACUGAGGAAUUAUGGAAGAACUGGGGAAAUCACCAAAAUCCGAAGAAAGCUAACUUACCAAUUCAGUGAAGCCAUUCUCCAAAGACUCUCUCCAUCUUAUUUCUUAGAAAAAGAGAUCUUCUACUCACCGUAUGUUCAACCUGAGCAAGGCUUUCUCAGCUUCAGUAACUGGAAUGCAAAUUAUAAUUGUCCAUAUGCUGAUUAUCAUGAGCUAAGCCACCCUGAUUGCUAA